AUGUCGGACCUCGCUAACCAGGCUAAGCACACCGCCCAGGACGCCCACCUCUCGGCCAAGCAGGGUGCUGAGAACGCCCAGCAGUCGGCCUCGCAGUCGGUGGACACUGCCAAGGACAAGCUCUCGAACGCUACCGGCCAGGGCAACACCAGCCAGAACUACGUCGACUCGGCUAAGGACACCCUGAACAACCUCGGCCAGCAGGCUUCGGAUUACGCCAACCAGGCCAAGGAGUCGCUCGGUCUCAACAAGUAA